GAAUUAGAUUGUGCCAGUGUGCUUGCUUCUCUUUUAAAAUGAAGUGAGGUAUUAAAUUUUAUAAGAUAGUUCAAGUUUUCCCCUUCCUUUCCUUUUUCGCUAAUUUUGAAAUUGGGUCAAUGUAUGCGAUGCCGACCGAUUGGCUUGGUUUUUCAGCCAUAUACAACGUACAUAUAUGUUUGUUCAUGUGUAUGUUUAUAUAUUUUUGGCUGCUGCCGCCGAACCAGUUGGUUGACCUUGUUUUUCGACUCUCCAAGUGCAAUUGGGGCUUGACUUUUUGACAAUAUGUACAUGUGUGUAUGUGUGUAGCACUUUUCUCCGCUAUAGAACGGGACUUGGUGGGAUCUGCUGGCGGGGAAUUAUGAUUGCAGCACAUACAGGGCGUGGAAACUAUUCUCUUUAUCACAACCUAGCAACACAGACGGAACUCUCCCACACUCAUCACUCCUUCUUGGGGACAUUUCCGUUUUCCAGCAACAAAGGCCAGUCUCGGCUGACAGCUACGUGACUAUGGAUAUAAAGUAGCGGGUUGGAGGAGGAGGAAUGAGGACAUGGGGGUGGUUACCGGUUUUUUAUAUAUUGAUUAAUUCAACUGUUUUUAAUUCCGCUGAGUGGUAAACAAUAAACAGCUGUUUUCGGGCAUUAGAACGGAUAGUGUUGCAAAACGCCACGCCUACUACAGCCUGAAGAUCCAAGGCACAUUUUUUUACUUUCCAAUAAAUAAAGUUUAAAUAAAUAAAUAAAAGUGUUUAUCCGCAUUAUCUGAAGUGUUUAUGAAUAAAGUGCAAACUAUAAUGCUAUAAUCUUCUAAUCCCAAGAUACAUUUAAUAUGCCCGACUUUUAUGAGCUGCUUGAUGUGUCCGCCAAUGCCAGCUUUGAGGAGAUCAAGUGCAACUACAAACAACUGAUACUACAAUGUCAUCCCGACAAAUUACAACAGCUAGAUGACCCAAAUCUGACUGCCGAGAGCACCCAGAACGGGGACUUUAAUGCGAUAAACGCUGCCUGGAAUACGCUCAAAGAUCCCAUUAAGCGUAAACACUACGAUGCCGAAUUACUGCAGUUGAAAUUUCAGACACACAGUAAUAUUUAUGCUCAUGUUCAGCUCGGAGAAAUGCAACGGAUCCAAGUGGAAAUCGAAGACGAAGACGAAGCCGAAGCCGAUGAAUCUCCAGAACUGAAAUCAACAGACAAAGGGCCAGCGACAAUGUGGAGCUAUGCGUACAACUGUCGAUGCGGCGGUCAGUAUCUGUACGAGGGACCCGGAGACGAUGAUGAGUCACCCGCCACCUCCACCUCUCCAGCACAAAGCAGCGGCAGCGAAGUGAUUGUGGAGUGCAACGAGUGUUCUUUAGUGAUUGUUGUGAAACAGACAGGAAUGGAAAAAUAAACGAUCGAAGGUGCGUUCCCCACGCUCCACAACUUCGUCAUCCUGGCUGGGAGUAGCUGCCUCACAAUUGAUCGAAACAGCCAACAGCAGCUGCCACAGCCAUACCAGAAGACUGAAACACCGCUUCCGUCCAGCC